AUGGAUGGAAUGGAACAGUCAGUUGCUGAGUUAUGGAGGGUUAUUGGGAUUGUGGGUGGUACCACCAUGAACGAGGGUGUUGGAUCGUCGGAUGACAGUGUGUCACUGAUGGUUGUAACCACUUGCUCUGACGGUGUCAUGGGAGUGACAGCCGAGUCCAGUGAUAUCAUCGUUCGUACCAGACUUCUUGGUGGUUAUGAGGGUUCACCAAUUGUUGCAUUCGUAGUUUUGAAAUUGAAUUGGAAUGUGUUUUUGGGUAUCGUUUGUCACACAAAUGAACGGAUCCAAAUGAUGCGACCUUGGCUCUGA